CGACAUUCGCGAGCGAGGAAAGAGCAAACCAACCAACCCGAAACAAAAGCAGGCGCACCGGCCGGCGCACGGGGAGGAGAGGAGACGGCGGCCGGCAAGCAAAACCCCAGCCCCCCUCGUCGUCCCCCCGAAACCCUCGAUUGCCGCCGCCCGUUUUGAGGCCGAAUCCGCCGCCGGCGGCCUCGAUCUGGGCCGGGACCGCCGCGCGCCGGUUCGGGAGGCGGGGAAUGGGGAGCGUGGACGGCGACCGCGAGGGGCUCCAGGCAGAUGCUGGACGUGCAGUGGUGAUCAAAUGGAUCAGUGCCUUAAUCCCGGAGUACGGCAUUCCACCGGAUUCAUCUGAUGAAGAGCUCCGGGAGCUCCUCAGCGACGGCACAGUCCUGUGCCGCAUCCUGAACACACCCAUCCCUGGUGUCCUUGAGGGGUCAGGUGCUGGUUAUACAUCUUCAGAGCAGCGGUCGGACAAUGUGAAGAAGUUCCUCUCGGUGGUUGCUGACAUGGGGCUGCCAGGCUUCAGUGUGAAGGAUCUCGAGGAGGGAUCAAUGUCAUCAGUGGUGGAUUGCCUUUUGGUUCUGAGGGACAAUCUGAAUCCUGGAGUGGUUGAUGAUAAUUCACAGGAUGUUUCAAAGAUUCCUUCGAGAAAAAAAUGGAGAGUUCCGGAAACUGACGGGUCUCUAGUUGCUGCUGCACCACAAGGGAAAACACCCUCAGGAGAGAACAGGGGAAAUGGGGUUCCAUACCCCAAGUCUCAGCAGAAAACUCCUGCCUUCAAUGGAAAAAAGCUUCGUGAGAUUUUCCAGCUAAAACGCGGGUCCUAUGCUGAUCUUCCGGCUGCCAAGAUUUCAGAGAUGAUGCAUUCAAACAGUUUAGAUAAUGCAUCAACUCAAUCUCUGCUUACCGUUAUUAAUGGCAUUCUGGACGAAAGCAUUGAGAGAAAAAAGGGAGAAAUUCCCCACCGUGUAGUUUAUCUAUUGAGGAAAGUAGUGCAGGAAAUCGAGCGUCGUCUCUGUAUUCAAGCAGAGCACAUAAGAAAUCAAAAUACUAUCAUCAAGACAAGGGAAGAAAAGUACCUUUCAAAAAUUAAAGCACUCCAAGUAUUAGUAAAUGGCACAAAUGAAGAAAAUCAGAUGACGGUAAAUCUGCUCCAAGUAGUGAAGGAAGAGAAGUCACAAAUUGAAGAGAGACAAAAACUCAGUGAGCAAAAUGUUGUCCGGUUAAUAAAAGAAAAGGAGAAUGCUGAGAACAUGAUAGCAAGUCUUAAGGAAGAAAUGGAAGUGAUGGAAAAAAGGAAUAGGCUGCAUGAGAAAAAUGUUGUUCAGUUAAUAGAAGAAAAAGAGAGCGAUGAGAACAUGAUAUCAAGCCUUAAGGAAAAGAUGGAAGAAAUGAAUAGCCUGCAUGAGCAAAAUGUUGGCCGGUUAAUAAAAGAAAAAGAGGAUGGCCAGAACAUGAUAUCAAGACUUAAGGAAGAAAUGGAAGAAAUGAAUAGGUUGCAUGAUCAAAAUGCUCACCAGUUAAUAAAAGAAAAAGAGGAUGGCCAGAACAUGAUAUCAAGUCUUAAGGAAGAAAUGGAAGAAAUGAAUAGGCUACAUAAGCAACAACUUGAUCAGUUUGAAAUAAAGACAAAGCAAAUGGAAGAAAAAUUAGCCACCAAAGUUAAAGAAUUUGAGCUUCAUGUAUUACGAUCAAACAUGAAAAUCGAAGAGGUUGAGACUACCUAUCAACAGAAAUCACAGUUAUGGAACAAAAAGGAAAAUAUUUUUCAUAAUUACAUGAACAGCCAACAGUUAUAUGUCAAGGGCUUAAAUAUAUCAUCAAGGUCGAUCAAAAGUGACAUGUAUGCUUUUCAAAUGAAGUGGAGAGAUGAAAUGUCUAAUUUAGGCUCCAAUUUAAAAUGUUUGGUUGAUGCUGCUGACAACUAUCACAAAGUUCUCGCUGAAAACCAGAAGUUGUUUAAUGAAGUGCAAGAAUUGAGAGGCAAUAUAAGAGUGUAUUGUCGCGUAAGACCAUUUCUUCCUGGCCAAGAUAAACAAUCAACUACUAUUGAUUACAUUGGUGAAAGUGGCGAGCUUCUGAUUUCAAACCCAUUGAAACAAGGAAAAGAUGGACAACGGAUGUUCAAGUUUAACAAAGUGUUUAGCUCAUUUGCUUCUCAGGCCGAUGUUUUUUCUGAUACUCAGCCGUUGAUUCGGUCAGUUCUCGAUGGAUUCAACGUGUGUAUUUUUGCAUAUGGGCAAACUGGUUCUGGAAAAACUUACACAAUGAGUGGACCUAGUACAUCAAAGAAAGAUUGGGGUGUCAAUUACCGGGCUUUAAAUGAUCUAUUUGAUAUUUCACUAAAUAGGAGAAAUAUUUUCUCGUAUGAGGUGGGAGUACAGAUGGUUGAGAUAUACAAUGAACAAGUUCGUGAUCUUCUGUCAAACAAAGUUGCGCAGAAACGACUUGGGAUUUGGAGUACUUCUCAGCCUAAUGGACUCGUUUUACCGGAUGCGAGCUUAUAUCCAGUUAAAUCAACAUCAGAUGUUUUAGAUUUAAUGGAAAUUGGACUAGCAAAUAGAGCAGUUGGUGCAACAGCUCUAAAUGAAAGAAGCAGCCGGUCCCACAGCAUUCUAACUGUACAUGUUCGAGGGGUGGAUGUGAAGACUGGAUCCAUUUCUAGAGGAUGCCUACAUCUCGUUGAUCUUGCUGGCAGUGAAAGAGUAGAGCGGUCUGAAGCAACGGGAGAUAGAUUAAAAGAGGCUCAGCAUAUUAACAAAUCUCUAUCUGCUUUAGGUGAUGUGAUUUUUGCUCUAGCACAGAAAAAUGCCCAUGUGCCCUACAGAAACAGCAAGCUCACACAAGUUCUUCAAAGCUCUUUAGGUGGACAAGCAAAGACACUAAUGUUUGUCCAAAUAAAUCCUGAUGUUGAGUCGUAUUCAGAAACUAUAAGCACUUUAAAGUUUGCUGAAAGAGUUUCUGGAGUAGAGUUAGGCGCUGCAAGAAGUAACAAAGACGGAAAGGAUAUCAAAGAGCUGCUGGAACAGGUUUCGUCCUUGAAAGACACUAUUUCACGAAAAGACAUGGAAAUUGAGCAGCUCCAAGUCACGAAAGACAAAGAUAAACCCCCAAGUUCAGCUGUUGACAACCAUGGUUCAAGCAUGCCAAAUAAUUUUAGUUCCAAUGAGACAUCGCUGAUCACAUUAAACCAAAAGAGACAACUAUCAGACCCUCUGAGUUAUGCUGAGGUGAAUGCAGAUGCUGGUCAGACUUCACCCACUAACAUCGUGGCUAUGGGGUUGGAUGAAGCAGAUUAUGAAGACAAUGUAUCUGAAGAUGGUUCAUUAGUAAGAGAAACGGAGUAUACUAUUGGCAGGAGAAAUAUUAUGAACUCUAACUCAGACAUGAUCGACGAUACCAAAAUGCAUAGAGGUCCAUCGCGAACAGCCAGAUCAACUCUCACAAAAAGCGCGCAGCCAGCAAUCUCCAGAUCAAAACCAAGGGACGCUGUUUUGAAGACUCCAAGUCACACAAGGACCCCAUCCAACCAGUUGGCGGGAGGCUCUUCGGCCAGGGCAACCAAAAGAUGGCAGAAGUAGAGCACGCUCCAGUUGCUCGGAUGUAUUUUGUACGCAAACUGUAACUCGACGAGGCGUGAAAGGUGGAAAUAGUUGGGGGGUAGCUGUAGGAUAAAUGUACUGUUGUAAUUGGAGAAAUGUGAAAAACAAAUUGCUGACAAGAGAACAAGGCUAUUAUGUUCCAUUUUUCCAUUCUGACGAGGACGGUGCAAUGUUGAGAGAUUCUGGCAUGUUCAUAGCUUUGAUGACAAUUGACUGGGUUUUUAAUAUUUGGUCUGUGGUGACGAGGGUUUGAUAUUGUGGCCUCUUGGGUCCACCGAUUAUCGGUCGAAAAUAAUGAAAGGAUAUUGGAUUAUUGCUA